AUGGGCCACCCCGGUGCCACCGUGUUGCUGUGCCAGCUGGGUCUGUCCACGGCCAUCCAGUGGCUCGGGCUGACGGGCAGCGGGGUGUCCUGGAACGAGAGCCAGCACUGCCGGCUGCUGGUGCCGGAGCAGCUCCAGCUGUGCCGCCGCAACCUGGAGGUGAUGCCCAGCAUCGUCCGGGCCGCCCGCACAACGCAGGCCCUGUGCCAGCAGAGCUUUGCAGACAUGAGAUGGAACUGCUCCUCCAUCCAGCGAGCCCCCAGGUUUGGCCCUGACCUGCUGAAAGGGACCCGGGAAGCCGCCUUUGUGUACGCCCUGGCUGCUGCCACCAUCGCCCACGGCAUCGCCCGGGCCUGCGCCUCGGGGGAGCUCCCGCUCUGCUCCUGCGGCCCCGGCCCCCCCGGGGACCCCGGCCCGGGGGGCAGGUGGGGGGGCUGCGGGGACAACCUCAGCUACGGCCUCCAGCUCGGGGCCGCCUUCGCCGACAGCUCCUCCAGAGCCGGCAGGUCGGGGACACACGGGAGCAAAGCCAUGAACCUGCACAACAGCGCCGUGGGCAGGACGGUGCUGAGUGACUCCCUGGACACCAAGUGUAAAUGCCAUGGUGUUUCAGGCUCCUGUUCAGUGAAGACCUGCUGGAAGGGACUGUCAAGCCUGGAUGAAAUUGCCUCUGACCUCAAGUCCAAGUACCUGGCAGCCAUCAAGGUGUCCCACCGGCUCGUGGGGCCCAGGAAGCAGCUGAUGCCCAAGGAUACGGAUGCCAGGCCAGUGACAGAGACAGACCUGGUUUAUCUCAUCAACUCUCCUGACUACUGCACCCCAAAUCUCCAGCUGGGUUCUCUGGGGACGCAGGACAGGCAGUGCAACAAGAGCUCUGUGGGCAGUGCCAGCUGUGCCCUGCUGUGCUGUGGCCGCGGGUACAACACGUACACGGAGGAGGUGGAGGAGCGGUGCCACUGCCGCUACCGCUGGUGCUGCUCCGUCGUCUGCAGGAGGUGCCGGCGCAGGGUGGAGAGGCACGUCUGCAAAUAACAGUCCUGGUGCCCUCCAGGAACUGCUGGGGACCCGACACCCAUCCCAGGGGAUGCUCCCAGCAGGGAGGGGGCUGUGCAGGAAGC